GCAGGGGCAGCAGCUGGAGCUGAGUGCAGCUUGCCAGGCUCCCAGAGGAGAGGCCAUUCCUGUGGCUUCCAGAGAACUCAGCUCAGCUUAAGCAGCCACACCGGGGGUGGGGGAAGCAAUUAUUGGCUUUGCCUCUGCUGCAUGACAGCAGGUUAGGAGCUGGGAGAGAGAGUUAGGUGAAGUCUCCUGCUGAGGAAGGUUGCUUGGUGGGGUGGCUGUGUAUAAAAGUGAGCUGAGAGGCAGGCUGGCAGGACAGCUUCAGGGGCAGGAGAGCUGGAACUGCUCUGUGGUCUCUCCCAGCAAGCAGGAUGGAGAAGUCCACGAAGAUCUUUGUCAGUGCUGUCCUGCUUGCCAUGUCUGUGGGAAUCUGCUUGGCCCAGCACUGGUCUUAUGGUCUGCAGCCAGGAGGCAAGAGGAGCACCGAGGACCUGAUGGAAUCGUUUCAGGAGAUGGCAGCUCAGAUGGACAGCCUGGGGGAGCUGCAGAAGGUUGGCUGCACAGGCUCCCAGCAGCGUGCCAGGAGCAGGGAGCUGCAGGAAGCCAUGGAAAGCCUGAUGGAAGGAGAAGCCAGGCCAAAGAAGAUUUAAACCCACAAAGCCAAACAGAAGAAAGGACCCAGAAUACCAUUUCAAAGCUGUGUUCAAACCAAUUCCUCUUCAAAUGGCUUUUGCUUAGCUUGUGUUACAUGAAUAAAGCCUCUGAAGCUG